CAUUCGUAUUUCUUCGUUUCCCGCUCUUCCUUCCAGCUCUCAAAUGGGGAGGCUCACUCUCUUCUUCCUUCUCUUCAUCGCUGCGAACACUCUUUGCCAAAGUGGAGUUUUAUGUGACAUGCCUCUAAAACUAGAGAGAACUCUUGCGAUCAUAAAGCCAGAUGGUGUUACCCACAGCGAUGUAAUCCAGAUCUUGAUUCGUGAUGCUGGUUUCCAUGUUCUGGCGAUGAAGAUUAUUCAGCUUGAUAUGAGACAAGCACUUCAUUUGUACGAAAAACAUUUGGAUAGGAAGUUCUUCCGUAAACUCAUAGAGUUCAUGAUGAGUGGUCCAGUGGUAAUCAUGGUUCUUGAAAAACCACAUGCUAUUGAUCACUGGCUCGAUUUCAUUGGGCCUGCUGAUGCAUCAAGAGUAGAACCCUCCACCAUCAGAGCUUUUUGUGGCACGGAUGCAAUAAGGAACUGUGUUCAUGGUUCAGAGUCUCCUGAGUUUGCUGCUCGUGAAAUUGAAUUUUUCUUCGGAAAGGAAUAUGUCAUUUCAAAAUCUGAGGACAAUCAGGAUGCAGCCACUGCUUCAUCAGGAUGGGGAAGUGAUUCUGAUCAUUUUGAGCUCUAACUGAUAAAGUUGAGAGGCUUCUGCUUCGCUGGGGGUUGUAAAUUUGUGGCUUUGCUGCAUAGUGAAACUGUCUCUAUGUUGUGAAUAUAUACUCAUUCUUCUUACCUUUACAUUGUAUACCACGAUUGUGACUCCAAAGUAGACUCAGUGAGCAUCUCAUUGGGAAACAAUAAUUGACGAUGAGGUGAGAAGUAGGAACAAAAGGACCUGAUUUGAUGCAUGAGCUCAAGCAGGUCUAGCCAAUUUAGGCCGAAAUUUGGCCCUUUUAUGAGCAUUCUAUGUUUGUUGCUUGCAGAAUAACCAAAAUACCAGUUGUUUUUUCAAAUUGUUUCUAUCAAACCAGGUGAUGCCUCACACUCUCUCUCCCCCCCUUUUUGUCUCUCCUUUUCCCCCUUUCUCUCACUCACUCGUACACACGCACAUGCUUGGUAUUUUGAUAGGAUCAGUGAUAUCAUUGAACGAUUUGGCAGCAUUAAUGCUAUCAUUGAUCUUCAACACCAUAUUAAGAAAUCUUUUGAAGGAAUAAAAAGGUGUUAAGUGCUCUGUUAUUGUUUAUUUCAAUGUUUUGGUAUCCUACAUUUCUAUUGCACCUAUUAUCUUUGGGAUUAAUAUCUUUC